UUGAUUUGUUCUGCAGAGGCUGCAGCUCGGCAUAUCCAGCCAAAUUCGCAUGUUUCUGUGCGUCAGCGUGCAUUUCAGUGGGCGAGGAUGCAUAUGGUGAUGUCACCUCCUCCAAGUUAAUCUCUGAAGAGGAGGUGUGGCUGCCUACUCCUUCUCUUGGAUCUCAGUUCUGAAUAUUAAGCGUCUCUUUGCCUCGAGCUUCUCACCGAACAACAGUUUUGACUGUGAAACAUCAUCUGUUGUUUCGAUUUCUGGAUAUUAAACUGCUCUUCUUCCAUCCAAGAUGAGUUUCAGCAGUGACAUGGAUGAUACUGACGAUGGGAGCAACAGAGAGUUUGAGAGCGUGGAGAUGAACAAACUGCGUCAGAGCCUGCGCAGGAAGAAGCCCACCUAUGUGCCGGAGGCCAGCCGGCCGCACCAAUGGCAGGCCGAUGAAGAGGCUGUACGAAAGGGAAAAUGCAACUUCCCCGUUCGGUAUCUUGGUCUGGUGGAGGUAGAGGAGUCCAGAGGGAUGCAUGUGUGCGAGGAAGCUGUGAAAAAACUGAAAGUGAGUGGAAAGAAAACAGUCAAGGCUGUGCUGUGGGUGUCCGCCGAUGGCCUGAGAGUAGUAGACGACAAAACCAAGGACCUCAUUGUUGACCAGACCAUAGAGAAGGUGUCCUUCUGUGCACCCGACCGCAAUUACGACAAGGCGUUCUCUUACAUCUGCCGUGACGGGACGACUCGGCGCUGGAUGUGCCACUGUUUCAUGGCCUUAAAGGACUCUGGGGAGCGACUGAGUCACGCAGUUGGAUGUGCUUUUGCCGCUUGCCUUGAGCGAAAACAGCGCAGGGAGAAGGAGUGCGGGGUCACUGCGUCUUUUGAUGCAAGCCGCACAUCAUUUGUAAGGGAAGGAUCCUUCCGUGUCUCCUCAGCUGGACAGCAUAGUGACCGGGAUGAGAUCAUGAAACAACUACAGGAGAAAAGAAAAGAAGCAUGCGGCAUUUCCGCUAUGCUGUCAGGAAAUUCUUCACCUCCAGAGGGAGCAGCCUCACCGGUGGAGAGGGCGGAGCCAGGCGUACCUCAUGCUAUCCCACGCCGUCACGCCCCCCUCGAGCAGCUGGUACGGCAAGGCUCUUUCCGAGGCUUCCCACAGCUUAGUCAGAAAAACUCUCCUUUUAAACGGCAGCUGUCCCUACGCCUAAACGAUCUCCCUUCCAACCUUCAGCGCAAGACUGACUUCCAGACCAAGAACCCAGUUCCAGAAAUGGAUCUGCCAGUUGCGGGAGAGCCAGACAGCAUAAAUGCUCUGUGCAGCCAAAUCAACAACUCUUUCACCAAACCUCCUGAAGAUAUGUGUGCCAAAGCCACAAACAACUGCAUACCAAAGUGCAGCGCACCACCUGCUAUUCCCCCUCCACCUGCACCCCUGCAAGCUACCAGCUCGUGGGUUCAGACAGAGCCCGCUGUCCAAUCUCCUUCCUCGAUACCUCAGGGCUGUCACAAACGAACACCAUCUGAGGCCGAACGUUGGCUUGAGGAAGUGGCUCAAGCUGUGAAAGCUCAACAGCAGACUCCACCCCCAAUGGCCCCACCUACUCUGCCUCCUCCCAUUCUUCCCCCACCACCCACUCAGCAACCUCCCCCAGUUCCCACUAUGCCCAUCGUACCAGGUUCCCUGCCCACCUCCAUGCAACCCUUUCCAAUGGCGUUUGACGUCACUCCUGCGCCCGUCAGCAUGUUCGCCCAGCAACCUCUUCAGCCGGCAUUUGUACCCAUGCAGCCAUACAUGCCAACUCUGGCCAACAGCAUGACGUACCCCAAUGCCAGCGUGCCCGUGGUGGGCAUCACACCAUCACAGAUGGUGGCUAAUGCAUUCUGCACUGCAGCCGGUACAGGCGGUGGAUCAGCGAUGGGGGUUGGGAUGGGGCCUAGGACGGGCCAACAUUCGACUUUCCCCACCUUACCCGGAGGCUUCCCGAACACCAUGUUCACUGCUAACGGCCACCUGCACAACUCCUUUCCCUCAACUACUACGACUACCAGUGUCACGAACAACGGCACCGGCAGCACCACAAAAUCCGAUGGCAACUGGCCAAUGGAGGGUCUGAAACAGACCCACCCUUCAGACGGCACCCAGGAAGCAGAGCAUUUUGAAGCUAAGUGGGCCGCUCUGGAGUCCAAAUCGCAACCGAAGGCACCCAACCCUUUCUCCAAUGACUUGCAGAAAACUUUUGAGAUUGAACUUUAAUCGACGAGCCUUGGGAAAACGAGGCUGAACUAUUUCAUACCCCAUUCCCUUUUUAUGCUCCUGGUCUGUUUGAGGACAUGGGUUGCUGUAUUUUAUGUAAUACGAUGGAGAACUGCCGAUCAAAUGCCAGAUUUGGAGAGCAAGAAUGUCAUGGAUCUUACGAAGACAGUCGUAACUUGUUAGGCACUUAAAGGACGGGAAAAGCUUAUGUGAGAGACCUGAACGCUAUGUCUCAGCAUUAACGAUCUUUCAUCUGGUAAAUGAAUGAUUUUCCCUGAAGGAAAUAUUGGAAGGGGAGAGGAAACAAUUAAAUAUGGGAUGGUAUGGCAAAAUAGAUAUUUAUUAUUUAAUUUGAUUCUAAUGUUUUUUUAAUCUGAUUUUAAUUGUCUGUUCUUGGUGGUUUUCCCUUAUUUAUUUACAUUGAACAGGGUGAUUUAUUACAGAUGAAAGAAAUUGGCUACUUGAAAAAUGACUCACCAAAUAAAAGGAGCAGAGUUUUUAUGUAGGAAAGUGUGUAAAUAGCAUGCUUUUAGUUUACUUUUAUUUAUUGCCCUUUUCGUGGCUGUUCAUUUUAUUAAUUGCAAACGAGUCAAUGCUGAACGAUUGAAAGAUCCGCUCUGCAUCAAGUGGAUACCGAAAGUAUCACCUACAUUCCAAUCCUUAUUAUACUGUCAUCAUGUACAAACACAUAAGAGAUGCCACUGUAGUCACCCUGACCUCCUUGAUUUAGCGUUGAAAGUACUUCAGAAAAUUUAAAGACAUUUUUGAGGGUUAUUCUCUUUUUAUAAAUCAUAACCAGAUGAAAUGUGUGGAUUUUGGCAACUGUAUAACCAUUAAAACACCUUUGAAUUAGCGUUAGCCAGACUGAGAUCCAUUGGGAGGCAUUGAAUCUCUUACAAAAGCAUUUAACGGCAUAGUUCACCCAAAAAUGAAAAUUUUGUCAUCAUUUACUCACUCUUAUGUUGUUCUGAUGUACACAAAUGAAGAUAUUUUGAGGGAUGUUAGCAACCAAAAUGAUCAGAGGCCCCACUUCCAUAGUAUUCUUUUUUCCUACUAUGGAAGUCAAUGAGGCCUCUGAUUGGUUUGGUUACAAACAUUCCUUAAAUAUCCUCCUGAGUGCUCAACAAAAUAAAGACAUUUAUACAGGUUUGUAACAACAUGAGAGUGAGAUAAUCAUGACAGAACUUUCAUUUUUGUGUGAACUAUCCCUUUAAAAAGGAUGCAAAAUUGUAAGAUCCCUCAGGAAGUCUAUGCCAGUUUGUUUGACGCAACAUCUUCGCAAAGGUUAUGGGCCACCCCAGUUAUUAAGAAUGUAUGUCGAAAACUGCUAUGUGAUGAUCGGGUGAGGAUUACUAAACAUGGAUGUGGGGUACAAACCCUCUUAACAGUGAUACCCUGAUCUCAAGGACUGUUUUUAAGUAACAUCACAAAGGCCUCUGUUUAUUUUGUAUACACCGUUAGAAAAAUUGUCAAAAUAUGUAUCCCAGCUGUCACUGGGCAGUACCCUUCAUGAGGUACAGAUAUGUAUACAUUUGGUACCAAUAUGUACCAUUGAGAUACUAAGAUGUAUUUAUAAGUAUAACUCUUUAGGUGCAAAGCAGUACACACAGAAAAAUGGUAAAAAGUUGGGAUGGUACCUUUUAAAAAGGUCCUAACUCUUUCCCUGCCAUUGACGAGUUAUCUUGUCAAUCCACAAACCUGCUAUUAUCUACCAGGUGGCGCACUUCUGCAACUUAUAAAACCCAGAAGUAUCGCCCAAGAGGCGUCAAAAGCGCGAGUGACUUCAAUGUUAAAGGUGCUCUAAGCGAAUUCACGCAUUUUAGACCAUAAAACAUUUUUUGUUACAUACAACAAACAUCUCACUAUCUGCUUGCUGCCUGUCUGCUGAUCAAACUGUAAAAAAAAACGUAAUCUCUGUAGACAGCCCAGGCUCCACAAACUGCAAUAAAAACACAGUGACCAAACCUAGCACCACGAAACAAAGUGCUCCAGCCAAUAAACAACAAGGAUUUGGGGGUGGGCGCGUUCAUGAAAGCACGGAAGGGAGGGGGAGGAGUUAGCUACGCUCCGUUUGUUUGAAAACAGUUCAAACAUCAACAAAAACGUACGUCUCACAGAUUCGCUUUGAGCGCCUUUAAGUCAAUGUGAAGACGCGUUGACGUGCGUCUGGAGGUCUCGCGGCGCGAAUCAGGCUUUUAGUGCGGUGCGGUAGACGUGAUUCUGCCUUAUUCGCGAGUCUAGUUUGCGCAAAUAGCGCGUUGCCGCAGCAAACGCGCAAGUUGAAAAUUUUGAACUUUGACGGAAAAACGUGCCGCUAGUUGAAAAUUUUGAACUUUGACGGAAAAACGUGCCGCUUUCACCAAUCACGAGCUUGCUUUAGUAGUGACGUGAUUAAAGGAUGCGAGCGGAGUCGCAGAAGCCCCUCCCAUGACGUGAAUUUCCGAGUGAAUGUCUCGAUGAGUAGAAUUUCACGCACUGCUUUCAUGCGCAAACAGCUGUAUGUUCAAGUUUUAAGGAUCACUCUGCAUCUGACCUCUAUCAAAAGUCCUUUACAAGUAUUUAAUUAUCUCAGCAUUUUGCUCAAAAUUUGGUGUUUUGGUGAGAAACCUACCCAUAUUUGAGAGAUGAUAAAAGAACAGACCCUCUACUUAAAGCAACACUAUGUUGUUUUUUUAACCUUUAAAUAAUGUCUCUAAAAUUAUUUCAGUGAUAGAACAACUUUUAACUGGACAAAUUGUACUGUUGCUGCAACCUGAGCAACCUCCUAGCUGCUACAAGCACACUCUGAAAGUGGCGGUGGAGGGUAGAGCACACAGCCCCACCCCUCCCCCUGCCUGCAGAAGAGUGUCUGAAACCAGGCACUGUUGCGCUUUUCAACCACAUGGGGGAGCUGUAAGUCAUUUUUACAUGAAAACUACAUAGUGUUGCUUUAAAAAAAGUUUGAUCCUACCGUCAUCAGUUCUCUUUUUAUUUAAUAUAUUGUAUGUUUAUAUAUUUAAAGAAGAGCAUUUUUUGGUAGGCAUUAAACGUUUGUGAAAAUCAUCAAAAAUGCACCUUUUAGGUACAAUGUGUACUUUUUGAAAAGGUACCGCCCCAGUGACUCGGGUACAUAUAAAAAAAUUGUCUGACGGUGAACGUAUUGAAGAUCGUGAAUAAGCCGUCUCAACCAAUCAACUAAAAGCACAAAGGCCCUUGAAAGUUUGUUUUAUGAGCGAAUUAAACAGAGAUGAGCAAAGAUGAUACAAAGAACCCAACAUUAAAUCAUUACCCCCAAAAGAUGCAAUAGAGUGCUUUAAGUUUCAGCACAAAAGCCCAUUAUUAUCCACUGUGUUUAACAUCACUCUUAACUGAGAUGUAAAUCCUGUGAAGGACAAAGCCAUUCAACCAUUUUAAUUUGGUUUGGCGUUUUUGUGAUGUUUGGCAUUUUUGUGAUGUAUGUUUCCCAUGGUCCUUUAAUCCGGUUCUGGUUUGAAAUCUUUAAAGAAAUGCAAAUACAAACGACAAGAGACGUGAAUGUAUAGCAAGUAUUCAUAAAUGGUUAAGGAUUAAAGAGAGAUGAAAACAGACCAUACAGGUAGAUAGUCAGUUUGGUCCUGUGCAUGCUUAAACUAUCCCAUAUUACAAUACAGUAUGUUAAAACAUUGAAUAUGCAUCUUAGUUAUGUCAUUAGUUUCUUAUCAUUCACUCUGGUCCGAAACAGACAAAAAGGCAACUUUCAGCAUACAAAUAUCGUCACUAGAUAAUAAAAUCUCGUCUAGUUUAUUGUCAUAAACAAAUCUGGAUCUCUGAUGGGAACUCAUGACAUGUUUUCUUCAGCAUGGUGCUGUUGGGCACAAACAAUGUUUAAUAAUAAUGCUCAAUGGUUGCGUUUUUAUUUUGUUCUGACAAUAUAUGAAUGAAUUUUUUUAAGGAGUUCAUUCAAAGCGUGUACAAAUAAGAUGUGCUGAAGGAUGUUACAGGUGUUCGAUGCUAGAUGAUCAAAGUCAGACUGUACACUGUGUUUAUGAUGUGUACUCCAUACAGUGAACAAAAUGAUCUCUUAUCACUGAGACUUCAAUAGCCAGUGCAAAUACAAGACAGGCACAAUGUUUUUAACUCGUGGUCUGAAAGACCAUUUUGACCGUAAUGUGUUAUAAAUCGACUUGGCCACUUCCCAGUUUUCUUAUUAACUGUGUAUUACAGGGUCAAGCAGGUCUGUUGUGGCACAAUGAAUACAAAAAUAGUCUUUCUUUUUCCAAAGACAAUGCAUUUGUAAUCUGACCAAGCCGUUACGUUGUGUGGGGUACAAAUAUUUACAGUUAAUGAAUGAAUUUGUUCGAGUCAACAGCCCUGGAUUCUUAACCACUCCCCCCUCAACAAAAUAUACAGGUUUUGAUUUAAAACCAGGGAACUAAAUUACCUCAUAAACUUGAUUGUAAACUUUAGCCUAGUGAUAACAAACCAGUGAAGUUUAUUUUUAAUCUUUCUUUAUUUACAGAAUUUUGUAUUUAAACCCACAUAUUUCUAUUGUAAUUACAUUGUAUAAAAGAUCAAUAAAUAAUAUAAUAUGAACAAAGCUAUUUUUGUUGGUU